CAUCUGCGCCACGGGGCUGCCCCGAACAAAGAUGGCGCGGCCAGCCUCCAUGAGGGCGGACCGCGGCGAGGAGCCGAGCCCACGGCGGGCAGCCUAGGCAGUGGAGACAGCGCGGCGCGGAGCAUGGAGGAGUGCGGCAGCGCGGCCAGCGCCGGCAGCGACAGCAGCACCAGUGGCAGUGGCGGGGCGCAGCAAAGAGAGCUGGAGCGCAUGGCUGAGGUCCUGGUCACUGGGGAGCAGCUGCGACUGAGGCUGCAUGAAGAAAAGGUUAUUAAAGAUAGACGACAUCACCUCAAGACCUACCCAAACUGUUUUGUUGCCAAAGAACUGAUCGACUGGCUGAUUGAGCACAAAGAAGCCUCCGACAGAGAGACGGCAAUUAAGCUCAUGCAGAAAUUGGCUGACCGUGGCAUUAUUCAUCACGUGUGUGAUGAGCAUAAGGAAUUCAAGGAUGUCAAACUCUUCUACCGCUUUAGAAAAGAUGAUGGGACCUUCCCACUGGACAACGAGGUGAAGGCCUUCAUGAGAGGACAGAGACUAUAUGAGAAGUUGAUGAGCCCUGAAAAUACAAUGUUGCAGCCCAGGGAAGAGGAGGGGGUCAAGUAUGAACGCACCUUCAUGGCAUCUGAAUUCCUGGACUGGCUGGUUCAGGAAGGUGAAGCUACAACAAGAAAAGAGGCAGAGCAGCUCUGCCACCGGCUCAUGGAGCAUGGCAUCAUACAGCAUGUGUCCAACAAGCACCCGUUCGUGGACAGCAAUCUUCUCUACCAGUUCAGAAUGAACUUCCGUCGGAGGCGAAGACUGAUGGAGCUGCUCAAUGAGAAGUCCCCCUCGUCCCAGGACACACAUGACAGUCCUUUCUGCCUGAGAAAGCAGAGCCAUGACAACCGGAAAUCUACCAGCUUUAUGUCAGUCAGCCCCAGCAAAGAGAUCAAGAUCGUGUCAGCCAUGCGGAGGAGCAGUAUGAGCAGCUGUGGCAGCAGUGGCUACUUCAGCAGCAGCCCCACACUCAGCAGCAGCCCCCCUGUACUCUGCAACCCCAAGUCCGUGCUGAAGCGACCCGUCACUUCGGAAGAACUCCUGACCCCUGGGGCUCCAUACGCCAGGAAGACAUUCACGAUUGUUGGGGACGCCGUUGGCUGGGGCUUUGUGGUGAGAGGGAGCAAGCCGUGCCACAUCCAAGCCGUGGACCCCAGUGGCCCUGCCGCAGCAGCAGGAAUGAAGGUCUGCCAGUUUGUCGUCUCUGUCAAUGGACUCAAUGUGCUGCAUGUAGACUACCGGACCGUGAGCAAUCUAAUUCUGACGGGCCCACGGACGAUUGUCAUGGAAGUUAUGGAGGAGUUAGAAUGCUGAGCGGCUCUUCCUCCAAGCCCUGCAGGCCUGUGGCUGACCAAAGCCAGAAGGAUGCGAGCGACACACAUGCAAGACUUCCAUGGAAAAGGAUGGCUUUCGACGUACAAAUCUUUUCUCUGUACAUACUCAUCUUGAGUUGAGCUUCAUACACUGAAUGCGGAAGAAUCGGGUAACAUGUCUUUCAAAACAAGUGUCAGUGUAGAAGACAUUUGGGAAAUAGAGGUUUCCUACAAAAUUGCCUUACUAGAUUUCUAUUUGUAAUUCUUGUUCAUUGUUUUUAAUCAUAGUUUGCAGAAGGUUGUUUACAUGCUUCUCUGGCCAAAACUACAGCAUGUUAAAGUCCUUUUUAUAACUGUCAGUGGAGUAAUUGCUCAGACUUUUAGGGGUACUUUGACCAAAAUUAGCAUGGAACUGUUUGAAAACAGGUCUGAAAAGCUCACCAAGCUACAAAUUAAAGCAAUAUUCGAGGGAGUGUGAUUUGUUAACUAGCAUUUUAAAGAAGGUUCUAAAUCAGUCCAAGUUCGUAAAAGCCAUUAACAAAUGGUUUUCUUAACUGUCACCUUUAGGACCGGCUUUUAACAUGUUUCAAUCAUGGCAUUAGCUAAGAAACAAAAACACAAGAGUACCAUGUGCAAUGGAUGGGGACAAACAGGGAGAUGAUACUUAAAACUGUUUAACCCAUUUUUUUUCUGUUUGAAUUACAGUGUUUUGUUCUGUAAAUCAUCCAUAAUAGCUUUCUAGAGUGAAUCUCUAAUAUAUUGAAUGUGAAAACAGAGCAGAUUGUAUAUACAUAUAGAAAAUUCAAAAUGAUCAUUCUGGCAAGAUUUCAUUUUGAAAGUGUCCAUUUUUGAAAGAAGUAUUUCAGAACUUGACCCGUCACCUGUGACGAAACUUGAAACUCCAUCUUCGUCUGGGUUUUUACUAAUGUUGUAAUAGAGUGUAUUUGAUGGACAUGACGUGCUGCUUUUGGGGUGGUGGGGGAGACUUUUUGCCAAAAUCAUCAUUUUGUUACAUAAAUUUCAUCUUGCGUGUAUAUAUGCGUGUUUCUCUUUUGGUUUAGAAAAGAGUGCAUUUGGGGCUUGAUAGAGAGGAAAUUCCUCAAAGUGCCAAACUGGAGAGUCAGGAAAUGCUAAGUUUCUUCAUUUCACAUCAUGAAUUUUGAAUGAUGAGGUUACUUAUCGUACAUUAAUAAGCUAACACAUGAAUGUUUUAGCUUGGCCAUUUCUUUGUGAUGGCAUAUCUAUCAAAUGUGUUGGUGGAAGGGACAUACCAUG